AGCGCCCUGACUCGAUGUCUUGAAGUCCCAGCCCAAGACGCAUUACUUUAAAGUAUACACCAAUGGAGUAUGAGAUAAAUGCCAUUUUCCACCAUGUUGAUGCCAGUCACAAACAAGCCUGUAGUGACCUUGAGAAGGCCAGCCAAUUCAUCACAGAAGCAUUGAAGAAUGAGGUCCAGAGGAACACAACCCUGCACAUGUUAAUCCACCGUCUGGAAGAGAGGGCAGGUGAGAAUGGAAGGAGCCAAUCAGAGCAGGUGGAGUCAAACCGGCAGCUGAAGCUCCAGGUGGAUGAACUACAGAAACAACUGGAGGAGAAAGACGACUCCUUAACACAAGCCAAACAGAGUAUUGCAAUCCUGACGAAUGAACUGACAAAUCUGCAGCUGCAGGGCCACCAGAGUAGUUGCAGGACGAUUCAGGAAGUGACUGAAGGACUGCAGGAAGGAGAGAGCCAGGCCGAUGUGGUGAAAGAGGAGGACGGUCCACUGCAGAAUGUAGACAUCUGCAUUAAAGAGGAAGAUGACGCAGCUGUUGCUGAUGGAUACCAGUGUACUCAAUCUGAUGAAACUGACUCUGCCCCAGAACAGAUCACCUCCUCAUCUGCAGACAUUAAAGCUGAAUCAGUACAGGAAGAAGAGGAAAAAUCAGACCUGGCUCCAGUCGUCAGCUCAGACGUGGCUCCAGUAGUCAGCUCAGACGUGGCUCCAGUCGUCAGCUCAGACCUGGCUCCAGUCGUCAGCUCAGACGUGGCUCCAGUCGUCAGCUCAGACGUGGCUCCAGUCGUCAGCUCAGACGUGGCUCCAGGCGUCAGCUCAGACCUGUCUCAAGUCGUCAGUUCUGCAAUGAGCCAGUUCCCUCCAGAUUCACCGUCCUUGGUCAAGCGCAGGAGGUUAUCCGUGCAAGUGGUCGAUUGCUGUGCAACACAAGGUCAGCAAAAAACACAAGACCGCAAGAAUAACACAGAUGGAGAAAACUCAAAAACUGGAACAGGAGGAGAAUCCCAACCUGUUUUGUCAGCUGCCCUCCCAGAGACCACAUUGGAGAAGCAUCUCUGUUCUGGUGUUGACAAGAGCUUCAGUAACCUGAAAACUCUAAAAGCACACAAGCAAACCAAUCAAGGGAAGCCACAGCUUACACAUACAAAAGAGAAACCCCAUCAAUGCAAACAGUGUAAGAGAUGGGUAAUCUCAAACAACACCAGCUCACUCACACUGGACAGAAAGCCCAUCAAUGUGGACAGUGUGGGAAAAGGUUUACACAGGCAGGGAGCCUCAGAGUACACCAGCGUAUUCACUCUGGAGAGAGGCCAUACAGUUGUGGCCAGUGUGGUAAAUGUUUUACAGAAUCAGGGCAUCUCAGAAAACACCAGCUCAUUCACACUGGACUGA